UCGUGCUGCCUACAGAUGAAGGUCAGGUCAAAGCCCUGCUAGUGCUCACGAUGUUUGUUGAAGGAGGUCAUGUUGCACAUCGUUCGACUCUGCAGAUAUUUUUGAAGUCAGUUGGAAGCUUUCCUGACUCAAUCUCGGUUCGAUCGGAGCGGCUGUCGGUGCCGCUGUCGAUCUCACCCGACCGCCGCUGGAGAGGGUGACACUCCUGGGUCAGCAGCCCGGGCCGGUGAAACGCCGCCGUGCCGGACUGAGCCGUGCGUCCGGCCGACCGGUCGACCCACUGGGGGCGGCAGGUCGGGCGGCCGGGGCGGCUCGCACUGCCGGCCGCUCCGCCGUCCCGACAGCAUGGCCCGCUCCCGGCCGCCCCGUUCGCCGCCGCUGGUCCCGGCGCUGGCGCUGGUGCUGGCGCUGACAGCCAGCCCCAUCGCGGCGCGUGUGCACGUGCAGAGUCUGCCUGCCGACGCUGGCCGGCCGGCCGGGCAGGGUGUCGGCGGUGAGGACUACCAGGGUCACCAGGUGCUGAAGGUGUUCGUGGCCGACAACGGCACACUGGACCUGCUGCGCAGCUUUGAGGGCAACCCAGAUGUGGACUUUUGGACGCCGGCGAGUGGCCUGAACCCCACCGUAGAUGUCCUGGUGGCCCCCGACGUGGGCCGCCGGCUGAAGGAGGAGCUGACCCGAUCCGGGGCCUCCUACACCGUCAACAUUGAGGACGUGCAGGCGGCCGUGGAGGAGGAGAGCCCCGUCAUGUCUGACACGGAGCGGGAGCUGCUGGUGGGUCGCAGUGGUCACCCGCUGACCUGGACGGCCUACCACUCGGCGGACGACCACCACCAGUACAUGGACUUUAUCGAGCAGAACUACAAGGGACUCUGUGAGACGUUCAGUAUCGGCACCAGUACCGAGGGCAGAGACCUCAGGGGCGUCAAGUGCGGCCUGGGAAAGCGCGAGGUCUGGAUUGACGGAGGUAUCCACGCUCGCGAGUGGGUGUCGCCGGCCGUCGUCUCCUGUCUGAUUCGGGAGUACUCCCAGCGCUCCGUUAACCACCAGGACCUGCUGAGGAAGCACACCAUCUACAUGCUGCCCAUUCUCAACCCGGAUGGCUACGAGUACACUCGCAGCGGCGGCAGGCGCCGUCGCUUCUGGAGAAAGACGCGGUCUCGUAACCCGGGCAGUAGCUGUAUUGGAGCCGACCCUAACCGAAACUUCGACGCCCACUGGGGCGAGACGGGCAGCUCGAUGGACCCGUGCAGCGACAUUUACGCCGGCUCACGGCCGUUCUCUGAGCCGGAGACCCGCGCCCUGCGUGACUUCCUGCUGGGACGCGUGCACGCCAUGAAGAUGUACAUUUCCUUCCACAGCUACUCGCAGAUGCUGUUCGUUCCGUACGCGUUCAGCAAGGAGCGUCCGGCCGACUACAAGGAGCUUCUCCGGGUGGCCAAAGCGGGAGAGAAGGCCAUCCGCCGCACCUCCGGCAAAGCCUACCGGGUGGGCCAGGCCUCGCAGCUGCUCUACGAGGCGGCCGGCGGCUCGGACGACUGGGCCAAGUCCAAGGCCGGCAUCAAGUACUCGUUCACGUUCGAGCUGCGCGACAAGGGCCGACAGGGCUUCCUGCUGUCCGCUAGCCAGAUAGAGGACACGUGCACCGAGAUUGUGGCCGCCGUCGAUACCAUGAUCACCACGAGUGCUGAACAGGACGACAAAGCCUAGCACAGGGCCACUCCGAGAGCUCCUCAGAACCGGGCAGGGCUCGAUAUGGUCGGCCAAAACAAUGUUCUAGGAAAACGAUAUUGUAAAUACUGUUCUGAGCUUACCUGGUUGAUGUUAGAGGUAAGAACUAAGAAGCUAAACGGAAUAUUAAUAAGAUGAGUGAAAGUGAAAGUUAACUGAUAAUGCUGAGCUUAGCGAUAAAUUCGCUCAGCUUUUAACGGAAUUCCUCUGUUUUUCGUCACUCGCGAAAGCUUUUUUCGUACAGUAGGUAGGUUCUUAUUUUCUACUUGAGCUCAUUUCAUCCAACAUCGGGUGAAUAUAGUUAUUAUAUGACAGCUUGCGGGCGAAACUGAAAGCAAGAAAUGUCUGAACGGCUGCUCAUGAUGGUAUGCGCUCAUAUGCCGUCCAUUUGUUGUACUUUGUUGGCUGUUAUGUUUAUUUGCCCUUGCGAACAAUUGGAUAAUUUUUGCGUGUUAUGUGACCCACCAUUGAAGUGUAAGAUCGAAUUUCAUAAGAAUGUGUUUUGAAAGACUGGUCUGUUGUGCUUAUUUAGCAUACCUACUUAUUGGUGUUUGAAGAAUAUGCAUUUUAUACAGCGUGCACCGUAAAUGGUCACAUCUGUGACAGAGCUGUUAUAUGCAUAGUUUUACGCUGAUUUUGUCUACUACGGGGCUCUGAACACGAGGGUGGUAAAUAAACAAGCAAUAAACACUGA